CCUUUUAGCUGCCAACGCUACGGAACUUAGCAAGCAGCUGGCGGUGUAGCGUAGUUUAAAUAUGUACGAGGUCUUAGCUAACCGUUAUAGUAUGUGCUCCUUACUUUAGGAAAGGCGCGUUCCGGAAUAUAUGCGGGUCAUAUAAAUGUGCCUCUAUACUUCAUCGGCGUUUGAGUACCACGCGUAGUUCAUUGCUACUCUCGUUAGCUAACUUGUGUAGUUUGACAGUAGAAUCAGAGGAGUGUCUAGCUAACCGGGCUAGCAGCUAGCCAGUUAGCUACAACACAACGUUGCUAGCUAGCUGUUUCUGUAAACUAUUUCGGUCUGGCUCGACUGAGUUUGAGUUCUGCGGUUGAUGCUCAAGUGGUAGCACUUAUGCGAGCCCUGCAUGAGAACUGGACCUGAGCCUUGGGUUGUCUAUGAUGUUACGAGCUUUUUUCAUUGAGUCACCUGACCCCUCCUGGUCCAUGUAACCAGCCAUAUAUUAUUACUCCCAAACAAAUCCCACAUCUUUGCUUGGCAACAGUAUGAUCAUAUACUCUGAUCCCACCCAGCCCACUGGGAUAAGAAUCCCCCAAAACCAACCUCUCCAAAUGAUAUGAUAGUAGCCGCCUGGAUCACUUUCUGUGCCUGCAGGAGCCUUGCACAGGUUCUGCUCUUCCUUUCCUCCUCAAACUCCCUUCCUCCAUUCUGGGAGACCCUUGUGAGUGUGGUCUCUGGCACUGGAACCAUGGGUAACAGCUGUGUGUGUCGGGAAGAUAGUGACUUGGAGGAUCAUCACCAAGGGCCGUCGAGGGCGACCCGAGGACCAGCAAGGCGGGUGGAUCAUGGUACAGGUGCAGGUGUUGAUGCUGGAGAGGCUCGGAGUAGUCGACCAAGGGACCCAGUAAGGCCACCACGCCGAGGGCGAGGGCCCCAUGAGCCAAGACGGAAGAAGCAGAAUGUGGAUGGCCUGGUGCUGGACACGUUGGCUGUCAUCAGGACACUUGUAGACAAUGACCAAGAGCCCCCUUACUCCAUGAUCACUUUGCACGAGAUGGCAGAGACAGAUGAUGGUUGGCUGGAGGUUGUCCAGUCUCUGAUUCGAGUGAUCCCAUUGGACGAUCCACUUGGCCCUGCAGUUAUCACCCUUCUAUUGGAUGAGUGUCCCCUGCCCACCAAGGAUGCUCUCCAGAAACUCUCCGACAUGUUGAGUCUGAGUUCAGCUGUGGCACGACAGGACGCUCUAAACCCUGCUAAACACAGAAACACCACAGCUGUCCUAGGAUGCCUGGCAGAGAAACUGGCUGGUCCGGCCAGUAUUGGAUUGUUAAGUCCUGGAACCCUGGAGUACCUUCUAGAGAGUCUGAGCUCUGAGGCCCAUCCUACUGUCAUGCUGUUUGCUCUCAUCGCUUUGGAGAAGUUCUCCCAGACCAGUGAGAACAAACUGACAGUAUCUCAGUCGUGUAUCAGCAAUCGACUUGCUGUCCUGGAGUCGUGGGCAGAGCAGCCUGACUACCUGAAGAGACAGGUUGGAUUCUGCUCACAGUGGAGCCUUGACAACCUGUUCCUAAAGGAGGGCCGUCAGUUCACCUAUGAGAAGGUCAACCUCACCAAUAUCAACGCUAUGCUCAACAGCAACGACGUCAGCGAGUAUCUCAAGAUCUCUCCCACUGGACUAGAGGCACGAUGUGAUGCCUCAUCCUUUGAGAGUGUGCGUUGUACGUUCUGCGUUGAUUCCGGCAUCUGGUACUAUGAGGUGACGGUCAUUACAUCAGGAGUGAUGCAAAUCGGAUGGGCCACCAAGGACAGCAAGUUCCUCAACCAUGAGGGUUAUGGGAUAGGAGACGAUGAAUACUCAUGUGCGUAUGAUGGCUGCAGGCAGCUCAUCUGGUACAAUGCUCGCAGUAAACCUCACUCUCACCCCUGCUGGAAGGAGGGAGAUGCCAUCGGCUUCCUGUUGGACCUCAGCAAGAAGCAGAUGAUCUUCUAUCUAAAUGGACAUCAGCUGCCGCCAGAGAAACAGGUCUUCUCCUCGGCCACGUCUGGUUUCUUUGCGGCAGCCAGCUUUAUGUCAUACCAGCAGUGUGAGUUUAACUUUGGGUCCAAGCCUUUCCGUCACCCACCUUCUGUCAAGUUCAGCACCUUCAACGACUUUGCUUCACUGCUCCCCAGUGAAAAGAUCAUCCUACCCAGACACCGGCGUCUGGCCUUACUAAAGCAGGUUAGCAUCCGCGACAACUGCUGCACGCUGUGUUGUGACGUCAUGGCUGACACGGAGCUGCGGCCAUGUGGACAUGGUGGUAUGUGUAUGGAGUGUGCCUUACAGUUAGAGACGUGCCCCCUGUGCCGCCAGGACAUCCAGACGCGUGUCAGACUCAUCGCACAUGUCUCCUGACACACUUCCUGCUCCUCGUCCAAUAAGGAGAGACACACAAGUCCCACAGCCUCCUGGUCCUCCUCUAAUCCCCUCUCACCCAACAGGGCUGUGAGGACGGUGCCACAAUGUUGUGAUGAUACCAGAGCUGUGACUUCUGGGAAGAGGAGGCGACAAUAAUGAGGUGGAGAGAAGAAAGAGAGGAGAUGAGAGGAGGGGUGUUCAUACCACAGCCGAAUCAACACGAUCUUUCCCUCAUUUACCUACAUCUCCUCUUUUCUAUCCUUCUGACAACUCACUGCAGAAGCUGGGCCAAGAAUCGUCAACUUUCUACCAGCAGUGAGUGAGGAGCAGAAACAUUUUAACCAGAUUACAGACAGAACCAACCUCUCAUCUGCAAGCCCCUGCAUAGAGUCACAGACAUCCUCUCUGUGACGUGAGGAUCCAACUGCACUUUCAGCCCAGAGCCUACUACUAUUUAAUCCCAUCACCUGUCAUGCACAUGUCUGCAGAUCUGAAAGGGCCGGGUAGCAGAGUAGAACACAGCCUGUAGUGAUGUAUUAAACCCAAGGUGCAGAUAAUUUUGAGAUGUAUCUCACUUUCAAGUUUUUGGGUGUAUAAAUGCGAAUUAUGGUGUUCUCAAGGUAGCAUUUUCAUUCUCCUUUCUCAAGGUUGUACCAACACCUAUUCUUUGGUUACCUCGGUGUCGGAAAAAGUUGCAGAAUUAUUCAGAGUUCAGUUUUCUGAUUCAGUUUACAAAAGCAAAUGUUAAAAAUAAGAUCAGCUGUUACACAACAGAGAAUUUUAAUGACAUAAUUCUUGUUUUUACGAGUAAAAGAAAUACUUGAAUCUGUAUUAGAUCUAAUUGAUUUUCAGCACGGCUGACCCUGCUGCUUUUUGUGCUUUUUUUGUCUUUGCUGAGAUGUUGGUAUUUCCUCAGUCUCUGUCAUGUAUGUAACAACCACAACAAAUAAAUACACAGAUUAGAAUUUACAGACGGUUAAUCUGUAAAUGAAGUCAUGUUUUGUUUCCCCCUCCGAUUAUAAUUGCGUAUGUUUGAAGGGUCAGUGAGGAGGUUGUAUACAAUUAAAAAAUCCACCACCACCUUCUGAAUUUAUCUGGGAUUGCUUGAUUGGUGCUAACAAUUUGGAAACAUCUUGUAAUGCAGCUCCACCAUAACUCAAGCUCAUGUGAGGGGCAGCAUCACUAAAUAUGUCUUACUCUUUGUUUGUGAUGAGAAACACAUGCAUCUGUAUCAAGAUGACUAUUUUCAAUCCACAAGAUGUGAUUUAAUUUUGUAUUAUAAAUGAUGUUGAACACCGAUGUAGAAACUUGGUUGAGAGGUACAACAGGUUUUGUUAAUUUACAGUGUUGUAUUUGCCAAUCAGUAAAUUGUUUAAAACAAUGUGAAAUGUUUAAGUGAAUCAUUUUUCCUCUAUCAGUUCUCCAAAUAUCCCAGGGUCAUUCUUAAGAAAAGCUAUCAUUUUGGGGUUUGAUUUGGUAGUGAAAUACUUGACAUGCAUUAGCAAAGAAACUACCCACCGUGCAGUGACAUGACCUAGAGAGCGUGGGCUUCAGUGCAGAAAUAAAUGUGUAUUUAUGUUUCACUUGCAACAAAUCCUAGCAGUCCCUCUGGCAUUUCUUGCAUACAAAAUUGAUUUUUUCAAAACAAGUUUGUCAGAUUGGAAGUGUAUCUUCCAGGUGACUGACUAAAAUGUGGUUUCCCUCUUUGUGCUAUAUAUAACAUAGCACAUCUCCCUGCUCUCAUUUUGCCAUUUGUCUAUCUUUCUCCCUCUGUCCUGACAAGAACCUCAUGUCUUCUGUCUGUCUUUCUGUCCAUCCUUUACUUGAAGCAUCUCUGAGUUGACUGACAUUUGUAUUUUGGAAACAGGUGAUGAAAUGAACAAAUGAGAGAUUGUGAUUCAAGAAAAAUUCUAUUGUACAAUUUUAAAAAAUCCAGUAUUUCAAAUUGUCACAUUAAUAAUGAAUUUAUUUUGGUCAAAUUCUUAAUAAAAGAGUUACUACUCCACCAAAUUGCAUGAACAGGACCUAAAACGUCGUUCAGACUGUACUGGAAUGAUUUCUAAGAAAUAACAUGCAUCUCUCAGUGUGACAAAAGACUGGUCUGGUCACUGCUAUCUUGUAUUUCCUGAUGCACCUUAUACAUGCAGGUGAGACAAAUAUGAUUGUCUCUACAGUUGGAGAUAGAGUUUGGGAUUGUAAAGAAUAAAUUGUGAGUUGUAUUUAAAACAUCUGUAAAGGAAUUUUGCCCCAGAAUUCCCAAAGAUAUGAUUGAUUGAAGAGUUGUUGUUUCCUGGGUUGUGAUAUUUGUAAUAAAUGUAUGUAUAUGUGA